GCUGGGGGGUUUGACYAUGUUUGUGCCAGGCAGAUCGAGAAGCUUGCAGCAGAGCAGGAAGCGACUGCUACAGAGCGGYGACCUGCAAUCAACGACGACAUCAACAGCACUGCGCUCGGGAAUAUCUUUCUUCACCAUCAUGUAGCUUCGAGACAGAACGAUUGUAGAUAUACACUUCUAUAACAGCUGGUAAAAUAGUGCCUGUGCAUUGUGCAAAAAAAAUAAAAUUGAUGAGGAAUCGCAAGCUGGCUGGCUAGGCUAGCUAACUGCUCCAGGAAAAAUGAAGGAGGUGAAGGGUUGCGGUAUGCGGUCUUCCGUGGGCUUUCUGUCCCAGAGAAGGCUUUUCGGGAACCCGCUGAUGAAGGAAGAAUUUCAGAGGCUUAGGUUGGCAGGAUGCACAAGCCUUUACAAGAAAGAUAUGCUGGGACAUUUCGGGUGUGUAAACGCCAUAGAGUUUUCCAACAAUGGAGGGGAGUACCUUGUGUCCGGAGGGGAUGACCGCAGGGUGUUACUAUGGAACAUGGAGAGAGCACUUCAUGCCCGCUCAGCCAAGCCUCUCAAACUGAAGGGAGAACACCUCUCCAACAUCUUCUGUCUGGCAUUUGACAGCACCAACAAGAGGGUGUUCUCUGGGGGCAACGAUGAACAGGUCAURCUUCAUGAUGUAGAGCGAGGUGAGACUCUGAACGUGUUCCUCCAUGAUGAUGCAGUGUACGGCCUGUCAGUCAGCCCCGUUAACGACAACGUGUUCGCCAGCUCCUCUGACGACGGACGGGUCCUUAUCUGGGACACACGGGAGCCGCCACACGGAGAGCCCUUCUGUCUGGCCAACUACCCGUCAGCCUUCCACAGUGUGAUGUUCAACCCGGCAGAGCCCCGACUGCUGGCUACAGCCAACUCCAAGGAGGGCGUGGGGCUGUGGGACAUACGCAAGCCUCGCACUUCUCCUGCUGCAGGACGCGGCAGAUGUUCCUCCAGAGUUGCCAUGUCGGUGCGUUUUAACAGCGCAGGGACCCAGCUCCUGGCACUGCGUCGCAGGUACCCCGGUCCUCUACGAGCUACACUUCUCGACUACCCAGCUUCCAGUUCGACAGACCAGGGCUACUUCAACUCCUGUACCAUGAAGAGCUGCUGCUUCGCAGGGGACGAGGACCAGUACAUCCUGUCUGGAUCGGAUGACUUCAACCUGUAUAUGUGGAGAAUCCCAAAGGAUCCUGAAGCAGGAGGCCCGGGUCGCGUGGUGAACGGAGCGUCCAUGAUCCUAAAAGGUCACCGUUCCAUCGUGAACCAGGUCCGGUUUAACCCCAGCACCUAUAUGAUCUGCUCCUCCGGGGUCGAGAAGGUCAUCAAGGCCUGGAGCCCCUACCAGCAGCCGGAGUGUCUGGGCGACCUGGAUGGUUMUGUGGAGGAUAAGUCCAGGAGUCUSUACAGCCAUGAGGAGUACAUCAACUUGGUCCUGAACAGCGGUAGUGGCCUGAGCCACGACUACGUCUCACAGUCCAUCCAGGAGGAUCCUCGUAUGAUGGCGUUCUUUGACUCUCUGGUGCGUCGGGAGAUCGAGGGCUGGAGUUCGGACUCAGACAGUGACCUGAGUGAAGGGGCCAUCCUGCAGCUCCACGCCAGGGGACGACGCUCCACACGGGCUAUAAGAGACGGCGCCGGGGUCCUGGUUGGGAGUGGAGUCGCCACGCCUCUACCGCCCGCUGCUGCUGCUACCGCCGACUCAGACCGCUCCUCUUCGUCCUCAUUAGCUGCCCCCGAGGCUUCGGGGGCGGAGCAUCCUGAAGGGGUGGAGCCACCGCAGCCGAGGAGGCGUGGCAGCAGAUAUCAGCAGUCUGUGUUCUUAUUGGACCUGGUGGGAGAGGACUCUGACUCCAGUGGGUUCUGGCCGGACCCCAUGCCCCGGCCUCGCUCUCCCAGCCCCCGAGACAACUCCACCCUCUCUAGCCCCACCUCCUCCCCCGCCGGCGCCUCCUCUAGCUCCUCCUCUUCCACCUCCUCCACCAGCUCUGAGGACGAGGAGCAGAGGAGAGCCAGUAGGAGACAACGUACUGCAGCCCGGUGGCGACGCAUGCACUUCCCCCGCCUGUCCAGUGGGGGGCGCCCCGAGUCCGCCCAGGCCUUGUACCCCGGGGGGGUCGACUCCUGCUCCUACCCCAAGAUCUCAAUCGACGAGGCCUCAUCCUCCUCCGCAUCCUCCACGGAGCUUCAGCAGGACCAGGACUCGGUCCAGAUCGGACCCCACAGGAGUGGCUCUAAAACGGGGAGACGCAAGUCGCACACCCUCCCUGGUUCUAGUCCUGCAGUGUCCCUGGACAGCCAGGACGACCGAGCGGAGCAGGAGGGGCUCCUCAUCGCCUCCCUUCUGUCUCAAGACGCCCUGCAGCAGAGGAACGAGUCCCGGGCAGGGAGGGUUGGAGAGAGGAGGGCUGCUUUAGAGAGAAUGGCCGAGGGCUUAGAUAGUCCUGAAGAGGCCGACGAGUCGGAUCAUAGUCGCUGGAUCUCCCCUAGUUCCAGACACCACAGCCCUGGGCUGAACGGGCUGCAGCACCUUGACAUGACUGAGGUGCCAGUAGGCUGUAGGGGUCGUCUGGCUCCAGACCUAUUUGAAUCCUCAGACUCAGAGGGAGAGACCUUAGAGUUGAAAUCAGCAGGCACUAGGACCCUGGUGGAGGAGGGGGAGGAGGGGGGGUCAUCGUCUCAGAGAGGCCCAGCCCAGGGUGCGCUGAAACGGACUCACCUGGGGUCAAGAGGUCAAGGGUCAGGGGAGGGGUCAGGGGGGUCAGAGACCUCAGAGAAGAAGUUCAAGACAUGAUGAUUACACCUGAGGUGCCAGGUGAUCAUUUGGUUUUA